UAUCAAAGGACCUUUUUUUUCUUUGCGAGAGAUGAUUUGAUUUUGAUUGGAUGGAAAUUGUCACGUGGGUGCCACUGUCUUUCUAAUCCUGUCAUAUUCAAGUCGUAAUUUAGCUCCAUUUAUUUUAGAUUUAUCUCGCUAUCGACAGCUGAUUUAAGUGUUUCAUUGACAAGACUAUAGAGAAAUAAUGAAUACAGACGCCGACUACACGAUCUGUAACUUGGAUGCACAUCCCUAUGUAAAUGGGUACACCACCUCAGAUAUCCCUAACACAAUUUACGGAUAUAACAACAAUAUCAACUCACGUGCGAUUGACACUGGACAACAGAAUUAUUACGGGUCAGAGAAUAUGCUUCCCCCUGGAUUGUCCGGGGUCGACCUCUCUCUCGGAAACCAGGGAUUAACAUACCCAGUGAACACCCCAGUCGUACCGCGGACCACAAGACACCAGGGGUACGAGCUAGGGGACACACAGGCCCAUGUAGUGGACCACUAUAUUCCUCCCCACGCGGCAUUAGCCGGAGAUCUAGGACCCGGACAAAAUAUAAAUACUGGUCGCUCAAAUUUUGGGACAACGUGUAUUGAUAAUUUGACUUCAUGUUCCCUAUCUAAUGUGUAUGGGGCGACUAUAAAUCAGCAGGUGCCCUCCCCAGUUAAGUCAGAGCCCAACACUGGCCAAAGUUUACAAAGUAAACCAUUCCGAUGGAUGCAGAUCAAGAGAAAUGCGCCUAAACCAGUUGCAAAACCAACCAAUGAUUAUGGUUAUCCUCCUAAUCCAGGGACCCCUCAACCAAACAUGGGGCGGACAAACUUCACCAACAAACAACUGACUGAACUCGAAAAAGAGUUCCACUUUAAUAAGUACCUGACACGUGCACGACGAAUCGAGAUUGCUGCGGCGCUUGGACUGAACGAAACUCAAGUGAAAAUCUGGUUUCAAAAUAGGCGUAUGAAGCAGAAAAAGCGCCUCCGUGAAGCCCAAUUUGAUCAGAACAGGGGCGAUAACUGUUCACUAAGUGGACUUGAUGGACUCACAAUGACAGCUAUGACACUAUGUCAAGAGGGGAGAUAAUCGAUUUUAAAUACGUAGAACUCCUACAAAUUGGUAUCAUUUAAUCUAUGGAAUGGAUUUAUGAGUGCUAUAUAUUUAACAUUGGUGCAAUAUGUACGUGAUGUUCGUUGCUGUUGUACGAAAUGACAAGUGGAGCAUGCCAUGAUAUUUCUAAAAUGUCUCACACCUUUGCUCCUGUUUCGGGAGUUACUGAUAAGACUAGAGUCCCUUAUAUGGUCCCUUUAUGUGAAAAAAUACUUGUUUUAUUCUUAGAUAUCUUUGUCGAAAGCAAUCAUUGUAUUAAUGUCCACCAUUGCUCAAACCAUAUAUAAAGAAUUACAGGGUUUUCAUUUCAAUGCACUUCAUGAACGUGCGAUAUUUUUUGUACCUCGCUAUUUUUUCUUUUCUUUCUUUCUUUCUUUUUUUUUGCUUAUUGAAAAUUCAAUCCAGAAUAGAAAGCUGGACAGUUUAAGGUCUAAGAGAUAAAACGUAUCUGUGAAUUAACCCAUAGAUUUUAUAUUACUUUAUUAUUUGUAUCUAUUUUAGAUAUCCUUAUUUGAUUUCCUUGUGUUGUCCAGUAAUAAUUUCCAUUUUCAGUUGUACAAUGUACUAGUCAUGUUUAUAAAGGAGGAACUACUGUGACAUUUUUACUGUGUUUCCUACAAAUAUAUUUAUCUGGGUAUUAGAUAUCCCGACUGGUAAUUAGUUUACUCACGAAUAAAGCAUAAUGUAAUGUAUGUUAUUUACAGAGCAGUUAGUCGAUACUAAUUCCAUGUGAUGCUCUUUCAUUCAGUUAUUUUAUAUCCAUAUGUGUUCAGUGAAUGUGUGGUAACAUUCCGGAAUCGUUGUCUCUGAGCAAUUAUUUUCCUUAUAUUCUCCAAGAUCACAAUAAUUCAAACAAAUUUUUUUGAAGUCCCUUGUCAAGAAAAGAAUAUAAAGCACAUGAAUUAAGUGCAGAUAAUUAGGCAAUUAAUGGAAGACAAAUGAAAUUAGAAAAAAAGUAUGGACGAUUUUAUUAAAUUGAUAUUUAUUUUUUUUUUUUAUUCUGUAACUAUUUUUUUUCGUUCAAAUUUAAAUCAAUCGAAUGAUUUUGAUUAAAAUGAGAUAAAUUGAUUAAGGAAAGUGUGUUAUUAUUUAAUUUGUUAUAUUUAGCUAUAUUUCUAACUUUAUAUUUGAUUAAAAUACUAAGUAGUUCUAGAUGAAACGAUAAAAAAAGAGUCAAUGGUAUCAAUAAUAUAAACUUACACAUUCUUUUUAUUUUAUUUCAAAUACUAGUAGUACAUUAAUGUUAUUCCAUGAAUGUAAGCGUGCUAUGAGUGCACCAAAAUUAUAAUAUAUUACAAAGAAUGUUUUCCUUGUUAUUUCUAUUUUUAAGUGUGUGGAGAUUGUCAACUUUUUGUGAAAAUGACGCUCAAGGAAAAUAUUUUUAUUGAAUUUUAUGAAGAAAACACGACUAUUUAUAUAAGUUUUUGUUUUUCUAUGUUGACGAGCGAGUAAUAAAAUGACUUUGGUGCAAUAUUCCUGUGUGAUGUCUCGGUUUUUGGCGGGCAAAUAGUGGUGUUGACUUUUACAUUAACUUCGCCCAAAAGGUCAUCCGUUCAGAAGAAAAGGUCAACGAUCUCUGAAAUAAUGCCAUGAGAAUAUUUACAUGGACUAUGCCAUGGGAUUUGUAUUUCUUCGAAAAAACGAAUAAAAAGGAAAACAUUUAAUAUA